GCAUUUCGAGAGUUGACGUUCGGUUCGCGCCCGAGCGGUAGUUUAGUAGCAGCUGCGCGUCCGCGUGUUUCGUCGAAACGCACCUAUUGGGUGCAAAAAUCGGCGCUCGUUUUUUUCUUCUCGUUCACACUUUUGCGCGCCCCGAUUAUAUCGAUAUAUUAAUCCGAUGUACAUACAUACAUUACGCUUAUUUUAAUUCCCGCGCGCGUGUCAAAAAGGGCGCGUGGAUUAGAGAGGGAGAGUGGGCGGACGCGCCCUCUGAAGUUCGCCUCAAACGAAUCCGCGCGCGCGAGGGAGAAGAGUCGCGGGAGCGCGCGAAGCGGACAGUCGAAGCGCGAGAACGCGACUUCGAGGAUAUCGGCGCGACGCCGAUAUCUCGCAGGAGAGCGGAAGCGCAACGGCCACGUGUGUCCGCCGACGGAUAUAAUCGGUGCACAUAUAAUAAUAAUAAUAUUGCGCGUACGUAGAGAAAAAAGGCGAGAUAAUAAUGAGACUUUUAUUCUCUCGCGAGUGAAAAGGAUGUUAUUUAUUUCUCACCUUCGUCGAGAGAUGAUCCCUCCCUUCGAAGAAUAACUUUUUAUAUACGCUUCUCGAACGAGAGGUUAUAUAGAGAUGAGUUUCUACACGAAGGGGUUUCUCUCUCGCGCGAAUGUCUUCCGGCAAUAAUAGAAGUUUCGCAAAGUGCUUCGUUAUAGGCUCGAGCGUAUAAUACACUUUCCCUCGCAAAGUUUCACGGAGAUCUCGUGUGCCAUCUCGCGCGAAUUGAUAAUUAUUAUUGAAGUGUGCGCGAAAUACAUAACGAUCGAUCGGCAAGAAUUGGCGAAAAUUUCCCGAUGAUCCGUUGCGAUCCGGGACGACGAUCGGUACGCGAGGAGGGCUUCUUCGUAAGCCGAUCGUCGUAUUUCGAACUGUCAUCUCCGUGCGUUCGGUGGCGAUAAGAGACACUUCUUCCUUUCGCAAUCGUCCUCCAUCAACGGCCGAAGAUCGCAGAAACGAACGGGAAAUCGUGCAUCUACAGCUGAGAGCACGUCCCUGGUCUGGUGUGGUGCAAAGAUUUCCAACGUAUUUCAUUUUUGCAAUCUGUCAAUAACGUCAAUCAUGGAGAUACAGACCGAGAUGGCGGGAAACACCACAGCUGGUAGCACGUUGCUCGAUGAGGAACUUCAUCGGAUUCUAGUGGAACGCGAGCAAGAAUGCAUGAAGCUGAGAGACGCGAAUACGACGCCGCUGCCGGAACCGUACUGUCGACUCACGUUCGAUGGCUGGUCCUGUUGGCCGAGCACUCGAGCGGGAUCGACUGUCUAUGCACCCUGCCCGAAUUUCAUCACCGGUUUCGACCCAUCGCUAAUGGCGCACAAGUAUUGCGAAUUAAAUGGCACGUGGUUCCGACAUCCCGAGUCCAAUCAAAUAUGGAGCAAUUACACGACCUGCGUGAAUCUACAGGAUCUGAGUUGGCAGCAGGGUAUAAACGGGAUCUACGAGGUAGGAUAUGCGAUAUCUUUGGUGGCGCUGCUGCUUUCCUUAGGAAUUCUCACGUACUUCCGAUCUCUCAGAUGUGCACGGAUUACUCUACAUAUGAACCUAUUUACCUCGUUCGCGGUCAACAAUGCCCUAUGGUUGAUUUGGUACAGGUUCAUAGUAGCGAACACAGAUGUGCUACUUAAUAAUGACAUCCCGUGUCGCGUCCUGCAUACGUUCCUUCAUUACUUUCUAUUAACGAACUACGCCUGGAUGCUCUGCGAAGGCUUCUAUCUGCACACCCUGCUAGUGAGCGCAUUCACCAGCGAGCACAAAUUAGUCAAUUGGCUGAUGGGACUCGGUUGGCCGGUGCCGGCUGUAAUCGUCACCCUGUACACAGCAUUACGGGCAUCCAGCGACGAUCCUGCGGACACCGAGCAAUGCUGGAUCAACGAGGGCAACUACAUGAACGUGCUGGUUUAUCCCGUAUGCGUUUCCACCAUGUUGAAUCUGCUCUUCUUGUUCAACAUCGUACGAGUUCUCCUCAUGAAGUUACGCGCCGGUCCUGCCAUCGGAACUCGCCCUUCGAGAUCCAUGCUGCAAGCUUUCAGGGCUACGCUACUUUUGGUGCCUCUCUUGGGUCUUCACUAUUUGGUGAUUCCAUUUCGACCACCGAAAAAGCAUCCUUGGGAACAUUUUUACGAGGUCCUUUCCGCGAUUACAGCUUCUUUCCAGGGUCUCUGUGUGGCUGUGCUUUUCUGCUUUUGCAACGGCGAGGUAAUAGCGCAGUUCAAGAGGAAAUGGGACGGCAGCGCCCUUUUGCGAAAACGAGCCAACUCCUGCACGGCUACAACUGUCUCGGUCCGAUGGCGGGAGAGGAGAAGGUGUGACUAUCAAGCGGCAUCGGGAACGGCGGACGCCGAUCGCAAGCGAGCAUCGGCUACAGGCGAGGCCCACCAGCUGCAGCAGCCGCAACAGUUGAUCACCGCGGCCUCCGGUCGACCCGCUAAUCACGGCAACAACAAUCACGCUCGGGUGCUCAUCAAACGCGGCAGCGGCGAUGACGAUUCCUCCCACGACGAGUGCGAUCAGACGCAGUGUUGAUGACCGAACCCGGGAUGUAGAGGAUGCACGCGAGCGGGACCACACUUGGAGAGAAUCUCCUCCGCGAACCGGAACUUCUGCGAUGAUUAAGGGAUGGUCGGUCGCCUCAUCGAGCUGUUGUUCUCAUGAAUAGUGGUAUAAGUCAUUAAAAAAAAAAAAUGUAUAUGUAUAUACAAGGUGUUUCUAAAAUUAUGUCUAUUAGGGAAAAAGUUCUGGUAAACAUGGGUCGGAAAAUGCUUCCUUUUCCAGUUAUAGCCCACUAAAGUGGAGGGAAAAAAUCGAAAAUGUAUUAUAGCUCUAGAAGAUACUUUUUCAUAAAUCGCGUUGAAAUUUUGCACGGCGUAAUAAUGAAUGAUCUUCAUUUUUGUGUGGUUUUAAUAAUUUUAUCCGAUUUUGAGAGGGAAAUAUGAGGAGGCGUUAAUUUUCAUUUUUGGACCCAUAUUUUAGGAACUUUUUUUCUUAUAUAUUUUGAUCUCUAGAGUCUUUAAAAUCUCUGACAUAGUUUUAAAAUUGGCGGAAAAGUUUUUAAUGGCAGAUUUCUGGUAUCAUUGAGAGACGAUU